AUGUGCCUACGGUCCGAGACUGAGGUUCGAUUGACCGCGCCGCUGGUGUUCAGAAAGGCUUUGGGCGCUCUGAAAUAUAUGGAUACUAUCCGCAGUGAAAACGUAUGCUACAUGUGCGAGGCGCGCGCGGCGACCGUCGCAAGGUUCGUGGACAUGCUGCAGCUGGCGGUGGAGAUCCAGUUGGCCUUCGAAAACUCCUUGCUGGCCACUGGAAAGAAAAGGAAGAAACGCGUGCGGGAGUAUGUCGACAACUACCACGGCGCGUUCACCAAAAUGAGGGCCCAAAACGAGCUGAACAGCACACAGGUCCUGCACGUGGACGCCAUAAUCGCCGACAACUCGAUAGGACCCAAGCGCAGAACCGAAGUUAUCAGAAAGCGCGAAAGAAAAAGAGCGCCGCCCGAGAUAGAGACGGUCGUAAUCGACGACGACAGCUCGAACGGAGUUACACAAGUGGCCGGUGCACAAACACCCCCGCCGAACGGCCGAGCGGCGGGCGCGCCGAACACGUCGAUCGGCGCUGACAGCUUAGUGUACAUAAUGCCGGUGAAUCCAGGCCUGCCGAACGGCUCCCUAUACCUGCUGCCGACCGCUUCGGGUCAGAUGCCGACCAUCAGCCAAGUCAACGGCAGCGUUUCCGUGCCGCUGGAGAAGAGGGCGAGGCGGGAGGAGGAGGCGGAUGACGACGUGCAAAUCGUGAACGGAGAUCUGGACUCGAACCCUGAAGACGGGCUGCCGGGGGAGCGGCUGCUGAACCAGGUGGUGAAGCUGCCCAUCAGGACCGAAACGAGGGUCGACUGGGAGGACAUGAUACCGAUGGAGGUCAUUGCGUGCGCGGACGACAUGCGGGGGCCCACGGAUACUCUACGCGAGGCGACCAACGAGCUCCUGAAGGACCUCCAGAAGGUCAUAGAUAUGGCUGGGACCGUAGAA